GAUUGUAGUCUGUACCUGGUGUUCGUGUGUCCGGCGCGAACGCGAUAACAGUUAUUUAAAAAUGAAGUGUCAUCGCGGCUCAUUUAUUACGAUAAUGUGAAAAUUGCCGUAGCUUUUUUGUGAAAUUACGAGGCUAAACUAAGUUUACUAGUACUCGCGCUCGCGAUUGGCGUUCGACGAGGCACACAGAUGCCAGGUCUAACCUAAAAAACAACAAACCACACAAAUACAAGUUUUUUAUUCAAGGCCAACGUUAUACACGACUCGCCGUAUUAACGAACAACACGCCAAGAAGCAAUGCCGGCCCGAAUGUGCGUUGUACCAUCGUGCGGCUAUCGUCGUCACAAAAAUGAACAGAUCAGACUUGGUUUGUUUCAAUGUCCCAAGGAUGAGAAUAGAAUUCGUAUGUGGCAACAACAAAUUCCCGGACUCAACCCAAAAGACUUGGUUUGCGAGAGACAUUUUCACCCAAGUUUGGUGUCGCGCUAUUACGAGAGAGCUACCAACUCAACUCGAACUAGAUUGAAAACCUCAUCGGCUGUACCAACAAUAUUUUCCAAUUAUGAAUCACUUGAUGAAUUUCGUUUUCAAGCUACAUCUGCCGUAUUCUAUAACAAUAACAAUUUCCCAGAUAUUUCACAAGAGCAAAUAGCAUCAACCUCAGGUAUUAGUGAUUUCAUGGAUACAUCAUGUGGACUAAGUACUUCAGAUUCAGUAUGCAGUGACAACACAAGUACAUCAGAUCAAAUUCAAACAAAAGUCACAUCAUUAGGUGAUGCCAUGUCUGACUUAUCAGCAUCUGAAGGUAUUCUAAUGAAAAUCAAACAAGAGGAAAUACAGGCUGACAUUAAAAUAGAAAAUACAGAAGAAUAUAGUGAAAGAUUCAAGUCGGAAACUGAUUGUCAAAUUGAGGAGCUUACAGUGUUUGAACAGAUACAAAUUAAUCGUGACAAUUAUUCCAGAAUAAUACCAGAAUUAUGGAACUUAAAUCAAUUGGUAGUAGGUACUGAAGAUGUAAUGGUAUUUUCAAAAGAAUGUACUGUAAGUGAAAACAAAGCAUUAGUAGUUAUGUAUGAAAAAACUGUUGUUUUGGGUAGGAGUGGAAGCGUCCAUUACUCUGUCCAUGGUAAUACUCUGAAUUGUAAUGAUAGUACGGCUGAGCCGUAUUUUCCUAGUCAGGUAAAAAGUGUUGAAUCGCUUUUAAAUAUUAUAACAAAAUUCAAUGAGCUUAAAGUUUGUCAAGGUAUCUGUACAUCUGAAUUUGAAGUUGAUAAAGACUGUAUUGUUUACCAAGAUGAUCUAGGUUAUUGCCGUCAUAUGAAUUGCGCUGUUAUUGCAGAUACAGAACAAUGUAAUCCUUGUUUUGAGUACAGUCAAUAUUUGGCAGCUAUCACAUUGAAUAAUGUACCAGUAUUAGACAAUCAACCAAUUUACAACAACCAAAUAUACUAACUUUUUAAAUGUCAUCCAUCAUAAAUAGAUAAACUAGGCAUUUUUUCCUCUUUAACUUAAUUAAAAAAUUAUGAUAAUGUGAAAAAACCCUGUUCAACUUGUGAUAAAUUAAUUUCUUUAAUUGAGCAUUUUUAUUGAUAAUUUUUUUAUAUUUUGGAAAUAUUGUUAAAAAAUGUUUUGCUUCCAUAAAUUUUUAUAAGUAGCAUUAUUUUCUCCUUUAUUUUUAUUAGUUUUUUUAAAUUAAAACAUAGUUUUUUCACAUUCUCCUAGUUUCAUUAAACUUAGAUCAUAAUCACAGUAUACAAUAUUUUAUUGAGUAACAUUCUUUUAAAGAUAAAUAAUUUUUUCUAUAUGAUAGAUCAUCAAUCAAUAAAUUACUAAUGAUUCUCAGAAAGUAAAAGUGAUCAGCAAAACUUCAAGAUGAAAAUUAGUUUCAAGCUUCAUUGUCUUAAAUAAACAAAAUUUCCAUUUAUAUAAAUAUUAAGUAACAAUAUCAGCUUAUAAGCCAGCUGUUACAAUAUCAUAGACAUAUUUUAUGAGGAAUUAACUUAAAUAACUGACUGUUGAUGUAAAUAUUCAUUAAUUAAAAUAUUCUAGUGAUAUAAAAUAUUCAAAAUAAGGGUUUAAGCCCCUUAAGGGUUUACUACAUUUGAAUAGGACCUUACUUGUGCCGUUAGGCUUUUUAAAUCAAUAUUAUUGGCAUAUUAUUAUUUAAUUGUUUGGAGUUAAGUUUAGAUACUAUACGAUAAAAAAUGCAGACGCAUUUUUAGUAAAUAUUGUGGAAACCACUGCACAAGGCAAAGAUAGCCAGGAUGUACCGACCAAAGUUUUAUGCUUUCGCAAUAAAGCUAUAAAUGCACAGGCAUUCAAAGUUGAAAUAAGUUUUAUUAUUUAGGAAUAGACUUGCGUGUUUUUUAUGCACUUUGUAAUACAUGUUAAUAAUCUAAUUGUUGACAUGGUUGUAUUUACAUUGGAUAUUUCAAUAAAAGCAAAACAU